AUGGAGUGGACAACAUUACAGCAUCUGGAUCUCCGUCACGUAGGACGUGGCGUCGUACCUUAUCAGCCUCAUGCUGCCUCCUUCCAUUCUCAUCAGGCACUCGUCGCCGUCGCCAUCGGAACCUACAUUGUCGAAUUCGACGCAUUGACAGGAAGCAAGAUUUCUGCACUUGACAUUGGUGCACCUGUUGUCCGCAUGUCAUAUAGUCCUACAAGUGGCCAUACUGUCGUUGCAAUUCUCCAGGAUUGUACGAUAAGAUCUUGUGAUUUUGAUUUGGAGCAAACAUGUGUAUUGCAUUCGCCGGAGAAGAAGUCCGAGAAAAUUUAUAAUGAUACUGAAGUUCAUCUGGCAAUGACUCCGUUGCAACAUGUUGUGUUUUUUGGGUUUCAUAAACGGAUGAGUGUUACAGUUGUUGGGACUGUUGAAGGCGGUAGAGCACCUACAAAAAUCAAGACAGACUUGAAGAAGCCAAUUGUUAAUCUUGCAUGUCAUCCUCGCCUUCCUGUCCUGUAUGUUGCUUACGCAGAUGGUUUGAUUCGAGCAUAUAACAUCCACACUUAUGCUGUUCAUUACACACUACAACUUGAAAAUACUAUAAAGCUUAAUGGCGCUAGUGCAUUUGCAUUUCAUCCAACUCUAGAAUGGAUUUUUGUUGGAGAUCGACGUGGUACACUAUUGGCAUGGGAUGUAUCAAUCGAGAAGCCUAGUAUGAUUGGAAUAAUUCAAGUUUGCUCACAACCAAUAACUUCUGUUGCUUGGCUGACCACUUUGCGUAUGCUUGUAACCCUAUCAAAGGAUGGGAAUAUGAAGGUUUGGAAAACACGGGUUAUAGCUAAUCCUAAUAGACCUCCUAUGCCAGCAAAUUUUUUUGAGACUGCUGCAAUUGAAGCAAUUGAUAUCCCACGUAUCCUUUCUCAACAAGGUGGAGAAGCAGUGUAUCCUUUACCGCGAAUCAAAGCUAUAGAAUUUCAUCCAAAGUCUAAUUUGGCAGCAUUAGUGUUUGCAAAUGCAGCAAGUGGAGAUACUUCAAAAAACAAAACUGUGUCCAAUAGAGAAAGGAGAAAGCAACUUUUUGCAGUUUUGCAAGGUGCACGGGGAUCGUCGGCAUCCGUUUUAAAAGAAAAAUUGUCAGCCUUGGGUUCAUCUGGAAUCUUAGCAGACCAUCAGCUUCAAUCUCAAUUACAAGAACAUAAUCUGAAAGGUCAUAGUCAUCUUACAAUAUCAGAUAUUGCAAGGAAGGCUUUUCUUCACAGUCAUUUUAUCGAAGGCCAUACAAAAAGUGCCCCCAUAUCUCGCCUACCCGUCAUCGCUGUUCUAGAUACCAAGCAUCAUCUGAAGCACAUCCCUGUUGUCCAGCCAUUCCAUUUGGAGCUUAAUUUUUUCAAUAAAGAGAACCGAGUUCUUCAUUAUCCAGUCAGGGCUUUUUAUGUGGAUGGACCAAAUCUUAUGGCAUAUAAUCUCUCAUCUGGAUUGGAGAGUACCUACAAAAAGCUCUAUAAUUCGAUUCCUGGCCAUGUGGAGUAUCAAGCAAAUUACUUGAUUUACAGUAAAAAGCAACACCUGUUUCUUGUAGCUUAUGAAUUUAGUGGCAUUACAACUGAAGUUGUGCUUUAUCGGGAAAAUACUGAAGUAGAGACGGUAAACAGUAAAAGCAGCACUGUGAAAGGUAUAGAUGCAGCAUUUAUUGGUCCCAAUGAAAAUCAGUUUGCUAUUCUUGAUGAUGACAAGACAGGGUUAGCAGUAUUUACUCUACCGGGAGGGCCCUCAAUAGAUCCGAAGGAAAUUGAAAAAGCUUUUGAAGAAAAUCAACCUACAGAAACUAGUGAUGGUUCAAUUAAAGGCCCAACACCAUUUAUGUUUGAAACUGAAGUUGAUCGUAUCUUUUCUAAUCCUUUAGAUUCAACGCUGAUGUUCGCUUCUCAUGGAAACCAAAUUGGAUUAGUGAAGCUCGUAGAAGGGUAUCGCCUUUUAACUUCUACUUCAACUUCUAAUGGACAGUAUAUAUCAAGCAAUAGCGAGGGGAAAAAGUCACUCAAGUUGAAAAUAAAUGAGAUUGUACUCCAGGUGCAUUGGCAAGAGACUCUGAGGGGUCAAGUUGCAGGAGUUUUGACAACUCAGAGAGUUCUUAUUGUUUCUGCAGCACUCGAUAUACUUGCUGGCACUUCUACAAAUUUUGACAAGGGACUUCCUCCGAUAUCCUUGAAUCCAUAUUCACUCUUUCCUCUGCUUCUACCUUCCUCCUUUCCUCAUACUCAGCUAAGCAGAUCACUCUUAUGGGUUGGGCCUGCCCUUCUUUUUUCUACUGCUACUGCAAUCAGUAUACUAGGCUGGGAUGGAAAAGUGAGGACCAUUCUCUCAAUUAGUAUGCCUCGUGCAGUCUUGGUUGGUGCUUUGAAUGAUCGGUUGUUGCUUGCUAGUCCGACAGAGAUAAAUCCCAGACAGAAGAAGGGAGUCGAGAUUAAAAGCUGUCUUGUUGGUCUUCUUGAGCCUCUUCUCAUUGGAUUUGUCACAAUGCAACAAAGUUUUAAGCAGAAGCUCGAACUGUCAGAAAUACUAUACCAAAUAACAUCAAGAUUUGACAGCUUGCGUGUAACACAAAGGUCUCUGGACAUCCUUGCUUUAGGUUCUCCUGUUUGUGGAGAUUUAGCUGUGUCAUUAUCCCAAUCAGGUCCACAGUUCACCCAGGUGAUGCGGGGGGCCUAUGCUGUGAAAUCUCUUCAUUUUUCAAUAGCUUCAUCUGUUUUGAAAGAUGAGUUUCUGCGUUCAAGAGACUAUCCACGAUGCCCUCCGACAUCUCAUUUAUUUCACAGGUUCAGACAGUUGGGUUAUUCAUGUAUCAGGUUUGGACAGUUUGAUAAAGCAAAAGAAACCUUUGAAGUUACUGCAGAUUACGAAAGCAUGCUUGAUCUGUUUAUAUGCCACCUUAAUCCUAGCGCCAUGAGGCGUCUUGCUCAGAAGUUGGAAGAAGAAGAUCUUGACUCCGAAUUGAGGCGACAUUGUGAAAGGAUUUUACGAAUUAGAUCUACUGGAUGGACACAAGGCAUAUUUGCCAACUUUGCUGCAGAAAGUAUGGUUCCUAAAGGACCUGAGUGGGGUGGUGGAAACUGGGAAAUCAAAACCCUUGCUACUGCAAAGGAUAUACCUAAGUGGGAGCUUGCUGCAGAGGUGACACCAUAUAUGAAGACUGAUGAUGCUGCGAUUCCAUCCAUCAUUGUAGAUCACGUUGGUGUGUAUUUAGGCUCAAUUAAAGGAAGAGGCAAUGUUGUAGAGGUAAAGGAAGAUAACUUGGUCAAAGCCAUCACAAUGGCAGGCAGUGAUGUUAAAGCCAAUGAUCUUGAAUUAUCUCCAAUUAAAUCCCUACCUAAUCAAUUGAAGGGGGUUGAUAAGACCCAAAGUGAUUCACUGAUGGGUCUGGAGAGUCUUAACAAACAGCUUGCUAGUUCUUCUGCUGAUAAACAGGCUAAAGCAGCAGAAGAAUUUAAAAAAUCAAUGUAUGGAUCUGCUGCUGCUGAUAGCAGUAGCGAUGAGGAAGGAGUAUCAAAAACCAAAAAAAUACAUGUUAGAAUAAGAGAGAAACCAAUUGAACCUUCUGUGGAUGUGAACAAAAUUAAAGAAGCAGCUAGUAAAUUUAAACUUGCAGCAGGGAUAACUUCAUCAAGGAGCAGGUCUUUAUCCAGUGGAUCACAAGAUUUUAGCCAGAUUUCGGGCCUGCCACCUGUAACAACAGGAAUGUCUGCUCGUACGGUUUCAACUCCCGGCGACCUGUUUAGUACAGAAGCUUUUACUCGACCAGGAUCAAUUUCACAACCAGCAACUGGGUCUGAAGGUAGAGGGCCUAUUCCAGAGGAUUUCUUUCAGAAUACUGUUUCAUCCCUCCAGGUUGCUGCUACACUGCGUCCUGCUGGGUCGUAUCUGUCUAAACUUACUCCAGGUGUAGAAGGCAGCCAGGAAACUGCUAACCAAUUUAGUGCUUCUGAAGCUGAUGUAGGCAAUGUUCCUCCGAAAGCUGUUCAACAACCAGUAGUUUCAAAUGAUCCCAUUGGAUUUCCUGAUGGUGGUUUGCCACCACAAUACUCUGCUCAGGCGGCAGGAAUGCCCCCAUCACAGCGGCAGGAAGCAAUUUCUACCCAACCUCUUGAUCUUAGCGUGCUUGGAGUACCGAAUUCUGUUGAUAAGCCUGCACAAGUUGGGUCUCCACCAUCUUCUGUACGACCUGGACAGGUUCCUCAAGAGGCUGCUGCCUCUGUAUGUUUCAAGACUGGACUUGCUCACCUUGAGCUCAAUAAUCUUCCAGAUGCUUUGUCUUGCUUUGAUGAAGCUUUUCUUGCAUUAGCUAAGGAACAAUCUCGCGGAAGUGAUAUAAAAGCUCAAGCAACAAUCUGUGCUCAAUACAAGAUAACAGUCACUCUUCUUCAGGAAAUCGGACGUUUGCAAAGAGUUCAUGGUUCAAGGGCAGUCAGUGCAAAAGAUGAGAUGGCAAGACUUUCACGUCAUCUGGGUUCAUUGCCUCUUCUGGCUAAACACAGAAUAAAUUGCAUUCGAACUGCCAUAAAACGAAACAUGGAGGUGCAAAAUUAUGCAUAUUCCAAGCAAAUGCUAGAACUACUAUUGUCAAAAGCACCUGCGAGCAAGCAGGAGGAAUUUAGGAGCCUGAUGAACUUGUGUGUUCAGAGAGGUUUGACUAACAGAUCCAUUGAUCCACAGGAAGAUCCUUCGCAGUUCUGUGCUGCCACAUUAAGCAGACUGUCAACCAUCGGAUAUGAUGUAUGUGAUCUAUGUGGAUCCAAAUUUUCUGCUGUGAAUGCUCCUGGAUGUUUAAUCUGUGGAAUGGGAAGCAUCAAAAGAUCAGAUACACUCACUGGGUCAGUUGGCCCAGUUCCUUCCCCAUUUGGUUGA